AUGGUGGACACAAACACGAACCAAAAUGGGAAUGGGGUGUGGGAAAAGGAGUCGUCGAAUUCAAAUUUCCAGAACUUUGAAUUUACAUUCAACGUGCCUUCUGAGAACAGUAGUUCUACAGGGUCUAAUAAAGCCUCCGAAUCUCUGUCAGAUAGUGUGCAGAACUACCCUGAAGAAUUUGGGCGCACAUACCACGCUUAUAGAGCAGGAUCAUAUGCUUUCCCGAACGACGUAUCAGAACGCGAACGACUUGUGCUACAAGGCGAACUUUUAUCAAAGCUCUUUGAUGGCAGAUUGUUUUUCUCUCCUUUGAGUAGAAUAAGCCCGCCGCGUUAUAUUCUUGACAUUGCUACGGGGCUAGGCGAUUGGGCUAUCCAAAUGGGUGAUUUGUUCCCUACGGCGGAGGUUAUUGCCACUGAUUUGUCACCCAUUCAACCCGACGAAGUGCCCCCCAAUGUUAACUUCUUCGUCGAAGACUCGUCUGAUCCCUGGGAUUACUCACACAAGUUUGAUUUCAUUCACACUCGAGUUACCAGUGGAUGCUGGGAAUCGUUCGAAAAGCAAAUUGUUCAGCAGGCCUUCGAUUCUCUCGAACCUGGAGGGUACUUUGAAUCGCAGGAGGUUGACAGUACCCUGGGGUGUGAUGAUGGCACCGUAAAUGCCGGCGGGGCGUUGGCACGAUGGCUGAAUGACAUCACGAUAGCUGGCAAUAAAUGUAAUCGUCCGUUGAUUACUGGUGCAAUAAUGAGGGAGGCUUACGAAAGAGUCGGUUUCAUCGACGUUCAAGAGAUCACAUUCAAGGUCCCCACCAAUGGAUGGGCAAAAGAUGCACAUUUGAAGGAAAUCGGCAAGAUGUGGGAGAGGAAUCUCCUAUCUGGGCUGAGCGGGUUCUCUCUCAGCCUAUUCCACAGAGUGUUUAAUAUGAGCCCAGAGGAAAUCGAGGUCUCCUUGGUCGACGUACGCCGAGAGAUAUCGGACCCUGGGGUGCACGCUUGGAUGCCGGUUUCCACAAAUCAAGCCAAGACUGACAAAAGACGGGAUUGGGGAAUUGCGAUCGCUGUCAACCGGAAAUUGAUGAGGAUAAAAUUGCAUAGUACAGAGUCCAGAAUGCUUCCGUCGCGGCUCGUACGGCCCAGCCGGCGCUUCUCACGCAGCGCCAUAACCACAGCCAUCUCGGUCACACCACGCGCGACAGUCGGCCCUCGCCCUUUCUCACAAUCCCGACUCCAAAGCUCCCGAGAUCCCUACGAACGACUCCGAAAUGCCCGCCCGCUCGUGCCCGACAUUAUCGCUCGCAGACUCACCUCGGCCGGGCGGUCACGCAACUCCAAGGCUGUCGUGGUGAUUGCCGUCAUUGGCGCCAUUGCCUUUUACAUCUACAAUUCCCAGACGGUGCCGGUCACGGGGAGGCGGCGGUUCAACUUCCUGUCAGAUAAAUUGGUCGAGCGAGCGCAUUCUCGAGCUGCCGAGGCCGUUAUACUAGCUGUCGAGGAGCAGGGGGGCCACUUCUUGUCCGACUGGGAUCCAAGAUGCAUGUUGGUCAAGAGGGUUAUGAAGAGGUUGAUUCCGUAUAUCGGGUCACCGAUGGACUUACACGUGGUGGGAAUCGCUACAGGGACCGCAAACGCAUUCGUCCUCCCCGGCGGCAAGGUCUUUGUGCACAGCGGCAUCCUCAACGUCUGCCGAAACGAGGACGCGCUCGCCGCCGUGCUCGGGCACGAAAUCGCGCACAAUACCGCGUCGCACGUUGCCGAGCGGCUUUCCGCCGCGUGGGUGGGAAACCUCACGGCGGGCAGCCUGUUCUUCUUGGCCGGGGCGAUCCCCGGCUUGGCGCUGUUUGGAAUCUGGACACUGGCGGGCGGUUUCUUUCUACAGGAUCUACUGUACUACCUCCCCAUGGGGCGCAAGCAGGAGAGCGAGGCAGAUUACAUUGGGCUGAUGAUGAUGGCGGAGGCGUGUUACGAUCCCAGGCAGGCGGUUGGGUUUUGGCAGAGAAUGGAGAUGAUUCAGAAGACGGGAGGCCAGGAAGUGCCUGAGAUGCUGAGUACCCAUCCUUCGAACGAAAAUCGAGUCAACAAGAUCAAGGAGUGGCUACCAAUCGCGAUGGAGAAGAGGCAGGAGAGCGAUUGUAGUGGUACGUCGGCGUUUGCGGACAGGUUCAGGAUUGCGCUGAGGAGGGGGAUUCCGGUGCAUGAGGUGUAG